UCAUCUCAUAGUUUCAAGUCAAAAUGUCUAAAAAAUCAUCUCAUAUUUCAGGCAAAAUGUCGAAAAAAGUGUUCAAGGAUAAAGCGUUGCAGGAUCAAAUGAAGGAUGAUGAAACAAAGCCACCUAAACCAUCAACUACUCCUCCUACCCAGAGGUUUAGAAACUCUCCACCCCUCUCCAUGUCUCGGAAUUCUCCUCCCCAGUCUCCUCCCAGGUUCAGGUUGGGUCCGGAUACAGACCUACUCAAGGUUGAGGACUCAGGACUGGUGGAGGUUAGGAGGGGGUCCAGGGGAGCCCUCAUCUCUCCUACCUCGAAUUUGAGCGCUGGAUUACUGAAUACUAGAAUCUCAACUAAUAGAAGGUUCCCUACAGCAGGAAGAAGUCAGCCAGAUAUGUUUCGGUGCGAGGCAAGACGACCUCAAGAGGAUGGUUGGAGGAGGGAAGGGAGGGCAUCACCCCCUCAGCAGUUUGGACCAGAUCGUUCAGCAGAGCUGCUUCGAUUCAGUUUAUCCGAGGAGCGUCGAGGAAGCUUUCUUGCAAAUUCGUCGCAGCUUCCUUUUCACAGUUCCUUCCCAUACCAUCUUCCCAUUCCACAGUUUUUCCUUAAUAACCCUGGGUAAUUAUAUUACAACUAGGCUUUCAGGGC